GGCUCGCAGCUCUGUGGUGCAUCACUGGCAUGCCCAGUAACGAUCCAACACAGCUGGCCACGGAACCCAGGCACUGGGGUGCAUGGGGCACAGUGUGGGGUCCGAGGGCCCGUGUGUGGGUGGUGCGGGGUGUUGCACAGUACAUGUCAAGCGCCAGGCCAGCUGUGUUGGCUGUCAUUGGGGCUGUCAGCUCUGUGGUGCAUCACUGGCAUGCCCAGUAACGAUCCAACACAGCUGGCCACGGAACCCAGGCACUGGGGUGCAUGGCACACAGUGUGGGGUCCGAGGGCCCGUGUGUGGGGGGUGCAGGGUGUUGCACAGUACAUGUCAAGCGCCAGGCCAGCUGUGUUGGCUGUCAAUGGGGCUGUCAGCUCUGUGGUGCAUCACUGGCAUGCCCAGUAACGAUCCAACACAGCUGGAUGGCCACGGAACCCAGGCACUGGGGUGCAUGGGGCACAGUGUGGGGUCCGAGGGCCCGUGUGUGGGGGGUGCAGGGUGUUGCACAGUACAUGUCAAGCGCCAGGCCUGCUGUGUUGGCUGUCAAUGGGGCUGGCAGCUCUGUGGUGCAUCACUGGCAUGCCCAGUAACGAUCCAACACAGCUGGAUGGCCACGGAACCCAGGCACUGGGGUGCAUGGGGCACAGUGUGGGGUCCGAGGGCCCGUGUGUGGGUGGUGCGGGGUGUUGCACAGUACAUGUCAAGCGCCAGGCCAGCUGUGUUGGCUGUCAAUGGGGCUGUCAGCUCUGUGAUGCAUCACUGGCAUGCCCAGUAACGAUCCAACACAGCUGGCCACGGAACCCAGGCACUGGGGUGCAUGGGGCACAGUGUGGGGUCCGAGGGCCCGUGUGUGGGUGGUGCGGGGUGUUGCACAGUACAUGUCAAGCGCCAGGCCAGCUGUGUUGGCUGUCAUUGGGGCUGUCAGCUCUGUGGUGCAUCACUGGCAUGCCCAGUAACGAUCCAACACAGCUGGCCACGGAACCCAGGCACUGGGGUGCAUGGCACACAGUGUGGGGUCCGAGGGCCCGUGUGUGGGGGGUGCAGGGUGUUGCACAGUACAUGUCAAGCGCCAGGCCUGCUGUGUUGGCUGUCAAUGGGGCUGGCAGCUCUGUGGUGCAUCACUGGCAUGCCCAGUAACGAUCCAACACAGCUGGAUGGCCACGGAACCCAGGCACUGGGGUGCAUUGGGCACAGUGUGGGGUCCGAGGGCCCGUGUGUGGGUGGUGCGGGGUGUUGCACAGUACAUGUCAAGCGCCAGGCCAGCUGUGUUGGCUGUCAAUGGGGCUGUCAGCUCUGUGAUGCAUCACUGGCAUGCCCAGUAACGAUCCAACACAGCUGGCCACGGAACCCAGGCACUGGGGUGCAUGGCACACAGUGUGGGGUCCGAGGGCCCGUGUGCGGGUGGUGCGGGGUGUUGCACAGUACAUGUCAAGCGCCAGGCCAGCUGUGUUGGCUGUCAUUGGGGCUGUCAGCUCUGUGGUGCAUCACUGGCAUGCCCAGUAACGAUCCAACACAGCUGGCCACGGAACCCAGGCACUGGGGUGCAUGGCACACAGUGUGGGGUCCGAGGGCCCGUGUGUGGGGGGUGCAGGGUGUUGCACAGUACAUGUCAAGCGCCAGGCCAGCUGUGUUGGCUGUCAAUGGGGCUGUCAGCUCUGUGGUGCAUCACUGGCAUGCCCAGUAACGAUCCAACACAGCUGGAUGGCCACGGAACCCAGGCACUGGGGUGCAUGGGGCACAGUGUGGGGUCCGAGGGCCCGUGUGUGGGGGGUGCAGGGUGUUGCACAGUACAUGUCAAGCGCCAGGCCUGCUGUGUUGGCUGUCAAUGGGGCUGGCAGCUCUGUGGUGCAUCACUGGCAUGCCCAGUAACGAUCCAACACAGCUGGAUGGCCACGGAACCCAGGCACUGGGGUGCAUGGGGCACAGUGUGGGGUCCGAGGGCCCGUGUGUGGGUGGUGCGGGGUGUUGCACAGUACAUGUCAAGCGCCAGGCCAGCUGUGUUGGCUGUCAAUGGGGCUGUCAGCUCUGUGAUGCAUCACUGGCAUGCCCAGUAACGAUCCAACACAGCUGGCCACGGAACCCAGGCACUGGGGUGCAUGGGGCACAGUGUGGGGUCCGAGGGCCCGUGUGUGGGUGGUGCGGGGUGUUGCACAGUACAUGUCAAGCGCCAGGCCAGCUGUGUUGGCUGUCAUUGGGGCUGUCAGCUCUGUGGUGCAUCACUGGCAUGCCCAGUAACGAUCCAACACAGCUGGCCACGGAACCCAGGCACUGGGGUGCAUGGCACACAGUGUGGGGUCCGAGGGCCCGUGUGUGGGGGGUGCAGGGUGUUGCACAGUACAUGUCAAGCGCCAGGCCUGCUGUGUUGGCUGUCAAUGGGGCUGGCAGCUCUGUGGUGCAUCACUGGCAUGCCCAGUAACGAUCCAACACAGCUGGAUGGCCACGGAACCCAGGCACUGGGGUGCAUGGGGCACAGUGUGGGGUCCGAGGGCCCGUGUGUGGGUGGUGCGGGGUGUUGCACAGUACAUGUCAAGCGCCAGGCCAGCUGUGUUGGCUGUCAAUGGGGCUGUCAGCUCUGUGAUGCAUCACUGGCAUGCCCAGUAACGAUCCAACACAGCUGGCCACGGAACCCAGGCACUGGGGUGCAUGGCACACAGUGUGGGGUCCGAGGGCCCGUGUGCGGGUGGUGCGGGGUGUUGCACAGUACAUGUCAAGCGCCAGACCUGCUGUGUUGGCUGUCAAUGGGGCUCGCAGCUCUGUGGUGCAUCACUGGCAUGCCCAGUAACGAUCCAACACAGCUGGAUGGCCACGGAACCCAGGCACUGGGGUGCAUGGCACACAGUGUGGGGUCCGAGGGCCCGUGUGUGGGGGGUGCAGGGUGUUGCACAGUACAUAUCAAGCGCCAGGCCAGCUGUGUUGGCUGUCAAUGGGGCUGGCAGCUCUGUGCGGAGGGAUGCAGUACCGCUCGCCCAGCCAAAUUCC